AUGGAACCUCAGCUUUGCACUGAUAGCGGUGCCAUCCUCGGUGCUGCCUCUUCCUUCUCCAGGACCGGUGAUAUUGCCUCCCCUAUGCUAAACCCCAGAAGCGAUUUCGUUAACUCCAAUCUCGCCCUUGGCUUCUCCCAAGUCUCCGCAGUUAGUACUACCGAUGAGAAGAAGAAGAACGCUAGCCCAGCAUUGGUCAGUCAUGACAUCUCUUCAAUCAGACCCAGUAAUAGCCUCAAAUUGCAGCAUUUCGACACCAAAACGGGACCUGACGUGGAAUCCAUGUCUAGCCAUAUAUUUUUCUCUCAGAGUCUUCAUAUCAAUCCCUCGGAUAAGGUUUUUGUUACCUAUUAUUUGAUUUAUUAG